CGUCUAGCCUCAGGGAUGUGCUGCUAUUAUAUAAGGCAAAAAGAGCAGGUCUUCUCACGCAUGCUUCACUGAGCCACCUGGAAACACCAACAUACACAUCCUCUACUUCCUGUGCAGCACGGGUCAGCACCGAAAUGCUUUCUCCAGGCGUGUGCAUGAGCAUCAUCAAUGCACGGCAUGCAGGAGAUGCUUACGGGACCGUCAGCAACCCCGAGGUGCUCUUCAAGCAAGACUACCGUCGAUUGAAAGCGUACUGCGUCAGCCGGCAACUACGCUACAUCGACGACAUGUUCCCCCCAGACGCGCGAUCCCUCGGCAAGGCUGCGCUGAGUCCUUCGGACCUCAGUGCAGUGCAAUGGCACAGACCGGGAAAACUGGUUCCCAAUCCAUCUUUUGUUGUCGAUGGCAUCUCCAGGUUUGACUUUGGUCAAGGCAUGGUUGGAAAUUGCUGGUUCCUUGCAUCUCUAGGUGCACUGACAUUCAAGCCAGCUGUCUUUCAGCACGUUGUUCCUCUUGAGCAAAACUUUGUCGACGACUACUGCGGACUCUUUCAUUUCCGGUUCUGGAGAUUUGGCAGGUGGGUUGACGUGGUCAUCGAUGACAAGCUCCCAACGAUCAAUGGCAAACUGCUUUUUGUGAGAUCCAAAGACCCAACAGAAUUUUGGCCCGCUUUGUUGGAGAAAGCUUAUGCAAAGGUUUGCGGUUCCUAUUCAGACAUGAGUGCCGGAACAACCGACGAGGCGUUGGUGGACUUCACGGGCGGCGUUCACAUUUGUAUCAAUCUGUCAGAUCCUCCCCAAGACCUUUGGGAGCUUAUGUGCAGAGCCGGACAAUCCAUGUCGCUGAUGGGAUGCGGCACUCCUCAAGGGGAGACAGCAGCCAACACUGUUUUGCCAAAUGGAUUGGUUCAAGGCCACGCCUACACGGUCACCGGGGUCAGACAGGUGAUGAGUCGAGGCCAAGCAGUCAAUUUGGUGCGAUUGUUAAACCCCUGGGGCAGGGGCGAGUGGAACGGCGACUGGAGCGAUCGGUCACCUUUAUGGCAAACGGUGAGCCCGCAAGAGCAAUCCCUGUCUCUUUCCGUGGUUGACAAUGGGGAAUUUUGGAUGAGCCUGCAAGACUUUUGUCGAUUUUAUUGCGAUCUGGACAUCUGCUGUACGUGUCCCGACUUCCUUGAUGGAAACUCGCACUGCCAUUGGAGGACGUCCUUCUACGAGGGCAGAUGGCUUGCUGGGAAAACAGCUGGAGGAUGCAUGAAUGAGCAGAGCUUCUGGACUAAUCCGCAGUAUCGAGUCAGCAUUGAGCAAGUUCAGAGUGGCACUCAAUGUGCUCCCAAACAAGGGGAAAGAAAUAUGCUGGUGUCACUCAUGCAAAUGCCGGACAAAAGAAACAGAGCCUUGGUCAAGAAUCUCCACAUUGGAUUCUCCGUAUUUCAGGUCCCAAAAGAAUUGACGGCCCAGAGGGGAAGUUUUCCGGCAUCUUUCUUCAGCAGAAACAAAGCGGUCGUGCAGACUAAAAGCUUCACCAACGCUCGUGAGGUGAUGGAACUGGUGGAAUUGGCGCCAGGGGAAUACCUGAUUGUGCCGUCAACUUUCAAGCCCAACGACACUGCCUCCUUCAUCCUGACCAUCCUCUCCAAGGCCGAGGCUCAUAUCCACGAGACUUCUGGCGCUCAUGGCUAUAAAGACGUCGUCGAAGAGAGCCCAAAUGCUGCCGCCACCGCCGAUGACAAGAGAAUCCUGUUCCAGCAACUAUUUGGCCAGUAUGACGAAGUGGAUGCCGAACUGCUUCAGAAGCUCCUCAAUGAUAGUGUCUUGAAAGGAGACUUGAAAAGUGGAGGCUUCAGUAUUGACGCAUGCCGCAGCAUGGUCGUUUUGAUGAGCACAACUACCAACGGCAAACUGAAUGCUGGGGAACUUUAUAGUUUGUGGAAGAAGGUUGCCAAGUACAAGGAUCUUUUCCGACGUAUUGACGUGUCAACAAAUGGAACCGUUACACUGAGUGAGCUGAAGAAUGCUGCCAUUAAUUUAGGAAUCAGGGUCAGUGAUAACAUGCUGAAAGUGUUGACUUUGCGCUAUGGGACUUCCUCUGGACAUAUAACCAUGGAGAACUUCAUCACUCUUGCUCUUCGUCUUGUUUCUAUGAAAAAAAUCUUCAAUCGUUUUUCUGAUGGAACGACCAUGACACUUCCGGAAUCGGAGUGGAUGCAAAUUUCCAUGUGUACCUGAAGAAGGAAGAUGAAUGAGGAGGAGGAGGAGAAGAAGAAGAAGAAAAGCACGCUUCAUUGGGCCUCAUUCACUCAUAAAUGACUGUUGGGCAUUUACGCAAAAUC